AGUGAGGUGUGAUCAGUGUCUUUUAAAGAGAUUUUGAAAGUAGACCCAUGCUAAAUCGUUCAAAUUCAACAAAAAGAAAUAGAAAAAUGUUUCUUCUUUGAUAUAAAUUAUUAUACAACAGUAUAUAGAAAUCAGAAUACAUGUAUAUUAUUUGAAUGUUUAUUACCUUCCCUAUUAAAGUACAUAAUUAAUGAUUAUGAAAUUUUUAAAUUUCUUUCAGCUGAAGUAAGCAGUGGAAAGAUUUUAAAAACCAAGGCGUUAAGUUUACUUAAUAUAAAAAGUGUGCUCAAGGACAAAUGCAAAUGUGGGAAACUGUGUAUUCAAAAGUUGUCUGUUGAAUCCAUUAGGCAAUUGAGAAAGAGCUAUUGGGAAAGUUCAGAAGCUGGAAGGUUGCAGAUGCUAAUAUUUUACAUAAGAAAUUCUACAAAGAUUGGUAAGUUUAGGUUUGUAAGUGUCACUUCAAAUCUAAGCUUAUGCACUUAUGCCUUCAUAAGGUGCUUAAACAUCAGUAAGAAUAAAUUAACUUGUGCUUUUGAGGCUCAUGAACAGAAUGAAUUAUCAACACCUGGAAAAAACAGUAGAAGUGUUCAGGACAAUUCUUUAGUUCUUGUAACAUGGAUGGAGAAAUAUGCAGAGAUGCAUGGUGAUAGAAUGCCAAAUACAAACCAGAUCUUGCUGCCAUAUGGACUUACUAAGAAUGAUUUAUAUGGUAAAUACAAAGAGGAAUGUACUACAAAACCAGUCAGUCGUUCACAGUUUUACACAACUUGGAAGCAGCAUUUUCCUCAUGUGAAGAUUAAGAAGACAAACUCUUUUACAAAAUGCACCAUAUGUACGACUUUGGAGAGACAAAUAGCAAAGACGACAUCUGUGGAAACACGCUCACUGUAUAGACAACAGAAAGAAGCCCACAAUCGAAGGCAAAUGAUGGAAAGAAAAUAUUAUUAUAGCAAGCGGGAAGAAAGUAGGAAAUCACCUGGACAGUACAUGUCUCUCAUCAUAGAUGGAAUGGAUCAAGCUAAAACUAAUCUUCCUCAUUUCACUGGCAGGAGACCAAAGAAUAUGAAUGCUGCAGAUUUGCUUAAAACACAUGUCACAGGAAUAAUUAACCACGGGCAUGGAGGUUUCCACACAUUUGUUGAUAUAUGUCAGUACAGCCAUGAUCCGAAUCUUACAUUAAAUGUCCUUCUAAAGACUUUUCUACACACAUCAGAGAAAAAUGGCAACAGACUUCCAGCUACUCUGUACUUGCAGGCAGACAAUUGUUUUCGAGAGAACAAAAACAAAUUUGUUCUAGCAUUCUGUGAGCUAUUGAUCAGAUGUGAAAUAUUCACAGAG